AUGGACGCUGAAAUCAUCAUUGUCGGUGCAGGUAUCUUCGGCCUCAGCACGGCCUAUCACCUAGCCCAGCGCACAUCCGACCCUUCGAGGAUCAUCGUGCUCGAUCGUGCAACCCCACCGUCGCAAAGCGCUGCAUCCACAGAUCUCAACAAGAUUGUGAGAGCGGACUACUCGAAUCGAUUAUAUACCGAACUCGGACUGGAGGCAAUCGAGGCAUGGCAGAAUAACCCGAUCUUCAAAGAUGGAGGUGUUUAUCAUCAAACGGGAUGGAUUAUGUGCGACGAGAGGGGGAGUGAUCUUGGACAGCGGAUUCGGAAGAAUUUCCAAGCUAUCGGGAUUGAUCCGAUGCAGGAACUGAGCGAGCACGAUGUUCGUCAGAAUUGGGGUGGUGUGUUGAAAGACGCGGAUCUGAGUCCAUUCGGAUCGUUUUAUUGGAAUCCCCUCGCUGGAUGGGCGGAUGCCGGUCGCGCAUUGGAGCUCUUGGCUCGCGAAAUCGAGGCGAUGGGCGUGAGAUACGUUGUCGGCGAAGCAGAGCGACUCAUUGUGGAAGAGACUGGGGUACAAGGCGUUGAGACUAAGGCUGGUGACAAGCUUACUGCAGAGAAGGUCCUUCUUUGCACUGGAGCUUGGACGAGCGCCCUGAUGACAUCUACUGAGGAUGUACUUAGGAUUGCCAAUGAGGAUCGUGUUGAGGUUCAGAUGACAGCAGCGGGCGUUUGUGUCGCACACGUACAACUCUCCGAGGAGGAACGACUUCAGUACGACCGGUUGCCGGUCUACGUCUAUGGGGGACAAGGAGAAACUAUUCCUCCUACUAGCUCUGGCAUUUUGAAAUUUACCAGCUCGACCUCCUUUCGCAAUACAAUCCACACACCUACCCAUCACACUAUUUCUGUCCCAACAGAAAACCAGACAGAUGCCCCGAAGGGUUUGCGCGAUGAAUGCAUCAAUGCUAUCCAAGCUCGUCUACCCCAGAUACUCUCAAAUAGCCGCCAAAUCGAUUACUACCGCCUCUGCUGGGAUGCGAUCACACCAGACCAACACCCCUUGAUAACGCCCCACCCACACCCCCUUUUGUCCAACCUGUACCUAGCCGCGGGUGGUUCAUUUCACUGCUGGAAAUUUCUUCCAACCAUUGGUAAAUACGUCGCAAAUGUUCUCGCAGGGAUCAGCAACGGGGCCGAUCGUGAUGCGGCGUGGGCAUGGAAGUCUGAGGGAACAAAAAGCCAAGGCGGGGUGCAUUCCAAGUUAAGACCGGGCAGAGAACUUGGUGAAAUCCACUGA